GCGUCUUUGUUCAAUCAGUUUAACACGGGAGUCGUGUCUGACUGCCCGCACGUAUCCUUUGCAACGCUUUUAACUCACAAACUGUUGGGUUUACGUUCCAACAAAAGUACACGGGUGCAACGCACGAAGCCCCCCGGACGAAAACGCGCCAAUUGUUUUUGCCCUCCCGUCAAAUGUAAACGAAUUAAAUCGCAACUUUAGAAUAAUUUGCGUACGCGGAAAAGGCCUUCUCGCGGUCGGCCCAAUAAAACUCACGCGAGCUGGCCCAGCGGCGACGUGAGGGAGCUUCUUCGCGUUACAAAGGCAAAACAAACUACAGAAGCACAACACUGAGAAACACAAACGAGCUUGCUGAGCGGCGACGGGAGCAAGCUUCUCCUUCGAGGAAAAAUGCCAAAAAGAAAAAAAUCAAGGCUCUCCCAGAAAAAAAAACACAGAAAGAAAAUGGUGCCAUUGUGCGUAAAAGAGACGGUGGAGGAGCAGCGGCUUUCUCAACAGUUAACAAACAACGAAGGCACCUCAGUAGCACGGCCUGAGGAAACUGAAGAGCAUUGUGCAUGGAGACAAGCUACAGACUCUACUGUUACUUCUGCAGAUGCACACGCUGAGGUAAAUCCUGAACAGCAUGUAUGGAGACAAGACAGAGACUGCAGAGUUACUUCCGCAGAAGCACUCGCCGAGGUAAAUCCUAAACAGUGUGCAUGGAGACAAGCUACAGACUGCACAUGCAGUUGUGCAGCACGGGCUGAGGAAACACCAGAACAACGGGCAACUCGAAAAGCCAGGGCCCGCGAAGCCACUGCAGCAGCAUGGGCUAAGGAAACUACUGCACAACGUGAAUCUCGACAAGCCAGGGACCGUAUAGCCACUGCAGCAGCACGGGCUAAGGAAACUACAGCAAAACGUGCAUAUCAACAAGCCAGGGACCGCACAGUCACUGCAGCAGCACAGGCUGGAGAAAACCCUGAACAUCAUGCAUCUCUACACGCCAGGGACCACACAGUCACUACAGCAGCACGGGCUGAAGAAACCCUGAACAUCGUGCACCUGGACAAGCCAGGGACUGCACAGUCACUGCAGCAGCACGGGCUGAAGAAAACCCUGAACAUCGUGUAUCUCGACAAGCCAGGGACCGCUCAGUCACUGCAGCAGCACGGAUUUAAUAACACCCUGAACUUGGUGCAUCUUGACAAGCCAGGGACCGCACAAUCUCUGCAGCAGCACGGGCUGAAUAAAACCCUGAACAUCGUGCAUCUCGACAAGCCAGGGACCGCACAGUCACUGCAGCAGCACGGAUUUAAGAACACCCUGAACUUCGUGCAUCUUGACAAGCCAGGGACCGCACAAUCUCUGCAGCAGCACGGGCUGAAUAAAACCCUGAACAUCGUGCAUCUCGACAAGCCAGGGACCGCACAGUCACUGCAGCAGCACGGAUUGAAGAACACCCUGAACAUUGUGCAUCUUGACAAGCCAGGGACCACACAGUCACUGCAGCAGCACGGGCUCAAGAAAACCCUGAACAUCAUGCAUCUCGACAAGCCAGGGACUGCACAGUCACUGCAGCAGCACGGAUUGAAGAACACCCUGAACAUUGUGCAUCUUGACAAGCCAGGGACCGCACAGUCACUGCAGCAGCACGGGCUGAAUACAACCCAGAACAUUGUGCAUCCCGAUAAGCCGGGGACCGCACAUACACUGCAGCAGCACGGACUGAAGACAACCUUGAACAUCGUGCAUCUCGACAAACCAGGGACCGCACAGUCAUUGCAGCAGCACGGAUUUAAGAACACCCUGAACUUUGUGCAUCUUGACAAGCCAGGGACCACACAGUCACUACAGCAGCACGGGCUGAAGAAAACCCUGAACAUCGUGCAUCUCGACAAGCCAGGGACCGCACAUACACUGCAGCAGCACAGGCUGAGGAACCCCAAAAUAAAAAAAUGGUACGUCAUAGGCAAUUCCAUCAUGCUGCUGGAUCAAGAACAAGAAGAAAUAACCAGAACUGGAACAAAGCAGCUUUAAAUUACCAAUCUGCGAUCGAUUAUUAUCAGUCUAUGGUGAUAUUAGGCUCUAUAUCAAUUACUUGCGAAGAAUGCGUUACUAAAAAGUGGAAAGGAGAAUCCAAGGGAAUGUGCUGCAGUGAUGGAAAAGUCAAACUUUUCCUUGUGCACCCCCCCGCCCCCUGAGCCACUGAAAUCCUUGGUAUCUGGCCAUACUUCUGUAAACAUUUUCUGACCAACAUCAGGAAGUACAAUUCUUGCUUUCAAAUGACUUAUUUUGGUUGUUGUAUAUAUGCCCCUUUUCCAAAAUGUAUAUUGAGUAAUUCUGCCAAUAUUUUUGUUGUAAUAAUCGAUCGGGGUGUAGCAUGGGGCAAAAAAGGGUGAAAUAAUACACCCCUCACCCCUCACAACUCGAGAAUGAGAAGCACGGAUCCCUGGCGAUACAGACUGGGAACAGAGGUUAAUACAACUAUGGUAGAUCACAAAUCUUGGUUGAACAUAAACCAAAUCAUAAUUAUGAAGUAUUAGACCUAGAGUCAUUCAGAAGAGAUACAAGGCGAAAUAGGUCCAUCACACACGACAAGAUAAAAUGCAUUCCAUAAAAUCAGAGCCUCCCCAACUGCCUUUGUCUUCCAGCAGCACAUGGUAGCAAUAAACUACGUAGGCAGGGAGGGCGCCUCCCCUUGAUAUAUCAAACACCAUGAAGAUAUUCCAAAUCACGACGAAGUGCUGUAAAAAUACUAAGAUAAAGGGCGGUAAAUAAUAUUUAUUUUUCUCUAAACCCGUAAGAGUGAACGGAAAACAUGGUGACAAGAGGACACACUUCAAAAGACAGCGCCCCUCUUUGUGAGAGACAACAAGAAAAAUGUAAUACCCCCAACUGUGAGGGAAGAUAAGGGGGGAACGCAGCUGAACAAAGGGCAAAAGGAACCACCCCCCUCCUGCUUCCAGAUGAAUUAUGGCAGAAAAAAAGCACUCGCUCUACUCGGAGGGGCAACUAGCAGCUGUAACCACAAAGGAGAGCGAAUUCAAAGGGAUCCCCGUUUCCUUUGUGAAAGAUCCACCGAGGGGGGAGAAUUUCAGAUAUAAGCAAGGACACAGAACACACAAUUUAGUCGUGCAAGUGGCAGGAUCCGGGAAUCUGCCCCCAUGACAGGCAUCGGCAGAAGCCACGGGUCGCGGAGUUUUUCUUUUGUUCGUUUUUUUGUCAUUGAGAGAGGCUGUCGUCAAAAGCUGGUACUCCGCAGUAUUACCAUACAUACCACGUGGGCAAGAGUGUCGGCGCUGGCGACCAGUGACGAGCUGCGAGCGCAGUCAUGCACCACCGAAGGAGAGCUCGGAGAAGGAGAGAGAGCGCGUAACCAGCGCAACCGAGAAAGAGUGUCGACGCUGGCGACCAGCGGACGAGCUGCGAGCGCAGUCAUGCACCACCGAAGGAGAGCUCGGAGAAGGAGAGAGAGCGCGUAACCAGCGGAACCGAUUAAAAAUAUUGGCGCUAGCGAUCAGCGGACGAGCUGCGAGCGCAAUCGGGCACCUUCAAAGAUGAGCAUCGUGCCUUAACGGAGAGGCCUGGAGCUGCUGCCAAGAGAGAGAGAGCGCUAUGUGUAUGACACGCCCACGCAUACACGACUAACCACCUGGCAGGGAACCACUUAACUCAAAAAGUGGAGCACGAAAACAAUACACCCACACAACGCACAUAUUGGGACUAAUAAGAUUGCUCCGAAAGUUAUUUUUGUGUUUCAAAAAGGGUGGUCAUCUAAAGUGGGUGCAUUAAAUAUUAGCUGAUCGUGAAAAGCAUUGCUGCCCAUUGAGUUACGUGGAUACGGUCGUUUAGAAGUAUUUUAGUCAUUCGUUUUCAUUAAUUGCAUAACUGUACCAAUGAAUUAAUUGAUUAAACAAAACAUUUAUAAACAUUUCUGUUACGAAUCUACACACUCACAGAUAUACUAUUGUAUUAAAAUCUUUCUUUUGAUCACAGAAUCUUGCCUGCGAAUUUAUUGAAGCUCUUAGCCAAUUGAUAAGCAUUUGUUAGACAAGCAGGCACACUGCUGCACACCAUUGUUACAAAACAUUUCAUUGAUGUUUUCUUUUGCCUUCGGCACAUUUUUCUUGAUUACUGUUUGUAUGAAUAUUGUCACAUUAAUUUUUAAGGACUUCCUGUCGCCGUGUAUGGUUGCUUUACUCUGAGGAAUUAGCCGAUUGUUCUCUACCCAGUUUAACAAACGUAACCAUUGAAGGUUAAAUGUACGGAUCAAGGAGGAGCACAUCUCCAGGAGUACUGUGUUGACAUUCCUCGCAUAAGAGUUUGCAUAUUAGAGUGUUGUUUUUUUUUAGAUAUUAAAGUUGCUUAACACAGAAGAGUCUUAGUGGUCCCUUCCUAAGUUCAUGCAUAAUAAUCUGAAUUGUAAGAACUGUAUCCUGCAGUGAGAUCUGAAUUUUGAGACCUGGCAUAAACACUAAAACAUAAUCAGUAAAAGUUAAAGCGAAAAUCAUUCUAUUAUCAUGAUGAAUAAACAACCCUACACAACGAAGCCAAGCCUAAUUAGUAUAAAUUACACUUGCAUAACUUCAUACAAUUACACCUUCAUUUUAUUGUUACGAUAGGAAAUACGCCUCGGCAAUGAAGCAGAGCAUAAUUGGCAUAAAUGAAUAAUUAGCAUAAUUACAUAAAUUUGCAUAUUUUCAGAAACUUACACAUUUUUUUCCCAAAUUUUUAAAACCUAAUAUAUACAACAUCGUGCAACAAAGGAAUAGGCUUUAUGCCCACCUUCAAAGUUCAAGACUAAGUCUAUCAUCGAAUCGGAUCCAUUCAACCACUGCCUGGUGAAGAGCACAAGUUUAUUCAGAUAUACUUCAUGGGAGAUGAAGGCCAGCAAGGUAACCAGCAAUGCAGCAAUAUUCCUGGUGCCAGACUAGAAAUUGUCCUCUCACUCCAUGUUCAACCAACACAAUUUAUUGAUUACAAGUUUCAAACAUGCAGCACAACAAGUCUUCUCCAAUGAUUAUCAGGUUGUAAUCAGUGCAUACUCUUUGGUUCUAAUGGGUAAAGUCACGUAGGUAAAAAAUAAAAUAACAAAAAUCACGACGUUUCGGCCACAAGACAAGCGGCCUUCAUCGUGACUUUACCCAAUAGAACCAAAGAGUAUGGAUCCUAGCAGUCACGAAAGCUUUAAAUCUAGAAUUGUAAUCAGUGCAUCCAAGGGGCCAAGGGGUGGAGCAUGCACAGAGGAUCAAUGCCCCAACUUGUGGUGAGGUUGCUGUUCUUAUGGUGGGCGAAGAACAUGGUAAGAGAGGCAUUGUGCUUCGAUACCAAGGCAACACCAUCAAACGAAUUCCUGAGACAAACAGAGCAUAUGAUGCCCCAUGAUACUGUGGCAUGGGCAAAAUGGGUACCACUUCCAGAUUCCUCAAAUUAUCAAAGCAAUGCGCCAAAAUCAUCCUGACAAAACCGUCUCCUCUAAAGACUUCUAUUCCUGCAUGAUCAUGGACAGAGAAGGAGGAAACUGCAUAUUAAGGUGCGCCCACCUUUUUCACCAGUAUGUUGUGGAUGAGUAUGCCAAAAUUGAGAGUGAGCGCCUUCUUUACGUUAAACUCAAUCAAAAACGCCUGCGUGUAGAACAGCAUGUUCAUCCCAGGGACGCUAUCAAUGCUGAUGGAAAUUCAAGAUUUUGCCCUCAUCCUUCACAGGUGGACCAAGAUACACGCGUGAGAGGACUCACGAUGCAAUGACCUACGUCAGGCAAUAUGGCAGGGCCCGAUCUCUUUAUCACCUUCACUUGCGAUCCAAAAUGGAACGAGAUCCAGGUUGAGAUUUAUCAAAACCAAAAGCCAACAGAGAGACACGACAUCAUUGCAAGGGUGUUUAAACUCAGUUAAUAAACUCGCAAGGGUUAUUACGACAAAGGAAGGCGGCAUCUUUGGGAAGACAAGAUGUAACUUGCACACCAUUGAGUGGCAAAAAACGUGGUCUUCCUCAUGCCCACAUAUUGCUAUGGUUGAGGGGAAAAAAUUCAUGCAAGUGAAAUUGACACAUUUGUCAGUGCUGAGCUACCUGACCCCAAGAAAGAUGUGGUCUGCAAACAAAUGGCCCAUUGCCCACGUGAGGAGCUCAAUCCAAAUUCACCAUCUAUGCAAGACCGCAAGUGUACCAAGAAGUAUCCACGAAACUUAUUUAAAGAAACUCGGGCAGGGCACGAUGGUUAUCCUCUAUAUCGUCACAGAAUAACUGAAGAUGGUGGAUUUGAAACAAUGCUCAGACCUAGCACUAACUCUGAAAUAAAGGUUGACAACCAGUGGAUCAUUCCCUACUGCCCUCUUGUGUGCAAGAUCUUUGAGGCCCACAUUAACAUGGAAUUAUGCAAUUCUGUAAAAGCCAUAAAAUAUGUUUGCAAAUGCAUCAACAAAGGGUCCGUAAUGGCUGUGUUUGCCUUACAAAAAUAGGGGAAAGUGUGGAUGAAGUUCAACUUUUUUGACGAAGGAAGAUAUAUCAGCAGCAACGAGGCCAUUUGGAGAAUUCUUGGCUUCCCUUCCACGAGAGUUCCCCCCGUCAGCGGUCCAUUUGGCAGUUCACCUCGAAAAUGGUCAACGCAUCUACUUCACCUGAAUUAAAUGCCCAAAAAUAGACCCUGGCUCCACGAGAUACAACCCUUAUGGCAUAUUUUGUUUUAUGCCAAAGUGACCCAAUUGCUUCCAACCUGCUCUAUCAUAAAAUUCCCUCCUCCUAUACCUGGACUGCUCAAAAGAAAAUGGAAGCGACGUGCUUGUGAUAGUGGAUCCGAUGCCUUCGGAAGAGUCUACACAGUUCAUCCCAACAAUCAGGAGUGCUACUUUCUGCUAACGCUUUUCCCGUGUUGUCAAAGGACCAAAAUCUUUCCAAGACCUAAGAACAGUGGAAGGAGUUAUCUGUCAAACAUACAGGGAAGCUUACAAUCUUCGUGAAAUUCUUGAAGAUGAUCAGCAUCUUGAUAAAGCUAUAACAGAAGCUUCUGUUAGUCAGUCCCCUUCUCAACUGAGACUCUUCUGCAUAAUUCUUCAAGUUUGCAGCCCAUCUAACCCCAUGAGACUGGAAAAAUACAAGGAAGGCAUGAGUGAGGACAUCCUGCACAGAGCUCAACGAGAAAAUCUCAACCUCAAGGUUAACUUUUCUGAUGUCAUCUUUAACUAGGCCCUCAUCCUCCUUGACACAGUUCACUCCAUUGGUGGAAGAGACCUUAAGUCUAUCGGACUACCAACACCCUCCAGGGACAACCAGCAUGCCAUUGCCCAAGAUAUACUACGUGAAAUAUCCUACUAUGGUUUAGAGCUUCUUAACUUUCUUGAGGAAAAUUAAACAAAGCUGAUGGAUGCACAGAGAGAAGCCUACACGAAAAUCUUGGAAGAUAUUGAGUAUAAAAAUGGAGGUAUAUGUUUCCUUGAUGCACCUGCUGGUACUGGGAAGACCUUUGUGCUCAGCCUGCUUCUGGCUAAGGUUCUCCAGAGAGAGAAAAUUGCUCUGGCUUUGGCAUCAUCAGGGAUUGCGGAAACUCUGCUGACUGGAGGAAGAACUGCCCAUUCCACAUUCAAGCUUCCAUUGGAUCUAUCCCAAUAAAAAUUCCCUGUUUGCAAUAUUUCAAAGAGGACUGCCCUUGCACAGGUCCUGGUUAAUUGUGAAUUAAUAGUGUUGGAUGAAUGCACCAUGUCCCGCAAGGUAGCAUUUGAGGUUGUCAACAUUCCUUUUCAGGAGUUUCGGGACAAUUGCAGGAUUAUAGGUGGUGUAACUUUUCUCAUGACUGGUGACUUCCGACAGACCUUACCUGUAGUACUUCGAGGAAGCAAAGAUGAUUAAUUAAACGCCUGCAUCAAGUCAUCAUUCCUCUGGAGACACGUGAUAAACUUGAAGCAAACUUCAAACAUUCACGCGUAUCUCCAUGGAGGCCAAGAGGCAGGAAACUUUGCUGAAGCUCUUGUUGAUAUUGGAAAUGGCAGUUUUCUUGCUGAUGGCACAGAUGGACUUAUCACCGUGUCUAAAGGCAUCCUUUCCACUUCAGAAGAGGAGCUUAAGGAAAAAGUGUACCAAAACAUGCAUAGUGACAUUGAAUGAGUCACUGUAGCACGUGCCACUGGGAGAUUGGUAGGCAAUAGAAUUAGGGGUAACAGCCCGUUCUACCAGUUGCACCUAUGGGCAAGGCAUGGAGCCCUCUGGGGGAUCCAGAGGGGUGUGGGGCCGAGGGCAGAGCCUGUCCAUGCUGUUCAGGACAUAAGGCGAGCUCCGACUCAGUCGGGGCUGCUGCGAUCUAGAGUGGAACUCGUCAUACCGUCGUCAUCGUGAUCUUCGCCCUCUGCAAGCUGUGGGUCUGGAAUCAUGUUGGCUGUCUCGACCCGGUAUGUGGUUAUCCCCUAAGGCUGUGAAGGCCGGAAUAAAAAAAUAGAGUACCUCC